AACCCUUUACUUGUUCUAAAUCUACUCUUAGCGUUCCCUUUUUCCAACUGACCCCGGAAUCAAGUUUCCUCACAAGAGGAAAGAAUCACAUACUCACACUUACACACUCUCUCUCUUCCUAACCCACAUGAAAAAACAUGAUCCUUCUCCUCCUCUCCCUACAUAUGCUUAUGCCACUCUCACCUACACUUCACCACUCUCUCUCCAUGGCUUCUCCCCUCCUCUUUCUCUCUCUUCCCUUUCUUCUUUUCUUCUCCCCUGCAUUUUCUCAUCAUACUCCUCAAAAUUAUAUAGUUUAUAUGGGUGGAUCACAGGGAGAAGGUGAAACAGACAUGAAAAUUGCAGAAUCAGAUCAUUUACAAUUGCUUUCCUCUGUUAUUCCAAGUGAGGAGAGAGAAAGAAUGUCGGUGGGCCAUGUUUAUCAUCAUGCAUUCAGGGGAUUCUCUGCUUUUCUUACAGCCAAGGAAGCUUCUCUGCUUUCUGGUCAUGAUGAGAUAGUCUCAGUGUUUCGAGAUCCAAGUCUAAAGUUGCACACUACGAGAUCAUGGGAUUUCUUGGAUCAACAAUCUGGAAUUGGAUCAAAAUUGCGAAACCAACAUGCAUUUGCCUCAACUGAUGUCAUAAUAGGAAUGAUAGACACAGGAAUAUGGCCUGAAUCUCCAAGUUUCAGUGACAAAGGUGUUGGACAAAUACCUCAAAGAUGGAAAGGAGUUUGCAUGGAAGGCCCCGACUUCAAGAAGUCUGAUUGUAACAGGAAAAUAAUUGGAGCAAGACACUACAUCCACGAAGGCGGCUUAUUAGGAAAAGCCAACUCCACUGUGACCAAGAGCUCAUCACGAGAUCAUGACAGCCACGGCACCCACACAGCAUCUACUGCAGCAGGUGUUGAAGUGGCCAAUGCAAGUUACUUUGGAUUGGCACAAGGCACAGCGAGAGGCGGCUUACCUUCAGCUAGGAUUGCAGUGUACAAGGCCUGCACACUAGAUAAUUGUGCUGGUUCCACCAUUUUGAAGGCUAUUGAUGAUGCUGUCAAUGAUGGUGUUGACAUUAUAUCAAUCUCUCUCGGCAUGGAUUUGCUCCUACAAGCUGAUUUCUUAAGUGAUCCAAUCGCCAUUGCAGCAUUUCAUGCCAAUCAAAUGGGGGUAAUGGUGGUAUGCUCAGCAGGAAAUGGUGGUCCAGAUCCAUAUACUGUUGUGAAUACAGCACCAUGGAUAUUCACUGUUGCAGCUUCCAAUAUUGAUAGGGAUUUCGAAUCAACCCUGCUCCUAGGAAACAAUGCGAGUUUCAAGGGGUCUGGAAUCACAUUGUCAAAUCUUACUAUGUCUGGUCAAUAUCCUCUAGCAUUUGCAGGAGAUCUCGCUUCCGUGUUCACCCCUCCAUCCGAGGCAAGCAAUUGCUACCCAGGAUCUCUGGAUCCUAAGAAAGUAGCUGGGAAGAUAGUGGUUUGUUUGAACACUUACCCAAGUGUAUCGCGGCGGAUUAAGAUGUUGGUCUUACAAGAUGCUGGGGCAAUAGGCCUGUUAUACAUCAGUAAUGUUGAAAAAGGCGUGCCUUACGAUUCAGGUGCUUUUCCCUUUACACAACUCGUAGAAGAUGAUGGAAUUCAGAUACUAAAGUACAUCAACUCUACCAGGAAACCCACAGCAACAAUCCUCUCAACAGUUCCUGUGCAAAAAUACAAACCAGCACCAGUUGUUGCAGAUUUUUCAUCAAGAGGUCCAGGAGAACUCACUGAAAAUAUUCUUAAGCCAGACAUUAUGGCCCCCGGAGUUGCAAUAUUAGCAGCAAAUAUUCAAGAAAGUGAACCAGGCCAUGACCCUAUUGGAAACAAGCCUUCCAAAUUUGCUAUAAAAUCUGGAACAUCCAUGGCCUGCCCCCAUGUGACUGGUGCCGCUGCUUUCAUCAAGUCCUUGCACCAUGACUGGACACCUUCUAUGAUUAAAUCAGCAUUGAUGACAACAGCAACUGAUGCUGAUAACACGGGGAAAGGUAUGACAAAUAGCUCAGGCGGAAUAGCAAAUCCGCACGACACCGGUGUAGGGGAGAUAAGUCCAAUCAAAGCGCUUGAUCCGGGGUUAGUGUUUCCAACAACUACAGAGAAUUACUUUCAUUUCUUAUGUAAUUGUGGAUACAAAGAGAAGACCCUCCGAUCAAUGUCAAACACAAUGUUUCGAUGUCCAAAGGCUUCGUCUGACAAGCUUAUAUCCGACAUGAAUUACCCUUCUAUCUCAAUAGAUAGACUCAAAAACAAUCAUCAAAAAAGGGUUACCAGGCAUGUAAUCAAUGUCGGCCCCUCAAAUUCGACAUACACUGCUAAUAUUCGUGCUCCAGAAGGAUUAAAGGUAAACAUUUUUCCAAAGAAGAUGGUUUUUGGAAAUGGUUCUACAGCAGCGACUUUCAACGUUUCAUUCCAUGGCAAGCAAGCUAAAAUUGGCUAUAAUUAUGGAUCACUGACUUGGUUUGAUGGAUUACAUAUUGUUCGAAUUGUAUUUGCUGUAAAUAUUGUAGAAUAAUUGAAGAUAUGCAUGCACACCAUUAUUAAUAAUUGGACAUUACAAAUGAUACAUAGGAAGAAGGUUGAUUAUUUACGCUGAAGAGAAAAUAUGUAGUAAAUGUAUAAAGUUUAUACAACAAAAUCAAAAGGUUUCUGUUUUCUGGA